GAUUGUGAUAGCCAGACGACUAGCUGUUAAUAAUAAUAAAUAAUAAUAACUACAAUAUACAUAUUAUUAUUAGUUUAUCUUUAUUGUUGUCGAGUUUAGGUGGCGCAUUGACUCAACAGCCUCAGUGGCCGGUGGACGUUUAUUAUAUUUAACUUACCAUAAGUAUUAUGACCGUUACAAUAAUAUACAUGCUGUACCCAAUACUCUAAAGUGUAAAUCCUAAUAUUCAAUUCACUGCGAGCGUCGUCACAUGACACACGUAUUAUAACAGUAUAUUGUGUUAUGCAAUCAAACAAUAUGCAUUAUAAUAAUUUAAUUACCAAUUCGUUCGUUAUUUGUUCUAUUAUCCUAUUCUCCGUACCACAAUCGUUCAACCAAAAUGUGGGACCAACUGUAAAAAUGACCAAUGGACAAGUGUGGCCGAAACCUGUGAUGCAACACGUCUACGACGAAUACUUGACGUUCGAACCGGAAAAUUUUCAUUUCAAUAUUACGGGUUAUAGUUGUGACGACCUUCAAGAUGCGUUUAAACGGUAUAAUUCUAUGCUGUUUUUAAAAGCUACGAAAACAUUUAAGCAAAACACUAGUUUACCUAAGGACUUAAUCAUUGGCAAGAUGGAAGUGCUCAAUGUGCAGAUGACGAAUCCCUGUGAAAAUUAUCCUUCGUUAAAUAUGGACGAAAAAUACGAAAUCAUAAUAAACAAUUCCAGUGGACUUUUACUUGCAUCGUCAAUUUGGGGUAUUCUCAGAGGUCUAGAAACAUUUUCUCAGUUGGUUUAUUUGGAAACGGACGGUUCGACGUUUGUGAUUCGGCGCACGUCAAUAGUGGACUAUCCGAAAUUCAGACAUCGUGGAUUUUUGUUGGAUACGUCUCGCCAUUAUUUUUCCAUCGAAUCCAUAACGAAAACUCUGGACGCCAUGUCGUAUUCAAAAAUGAACGUGUUUCACUGGCACAUGGUAGACGACCAGAGCUUCCCGUAUCAGAGCAGCGCUUUUCCGAACCUGAGCGAAAGAGGAGCUUUCGGGAAAUCGGCCAUUUAUACGAAAGAUGACGUCAGACGUGUGAUCAAACACGCACAACUUCGAGGCAUUCGUGUCAUUCCAGAAUUCGACACCCCGGGACAUACGUUAUCUUGGGGACUCGGUGGUGUUCCGGGACUACUAACUGAGUGUUCGGAUUCCGACCCAAAUCAUUUUGGGCCAAUCGACCCGACGGUCGAGGAAAACUACAAUUUUAUCGGGACGCUGUUGUCCGAAGUCAGUGAAUUAUUCCAAGACAAUUAUUUACACCUCGGUGGCGACGAAGUAGAUAGUUCGUGUUGGACCACGAACAAAAAGAUACAAAACUUUAUGCAUCGCAAUAACAUGAAGAACGUCGUCGAAUUGAAAGACUACUACUUCGCAAACAUGUUCAACAUAACGCGAAAUUUGAAAACCGUGCCCAUCGUGUGGGAAGAAAUAUUCGACGAGAAUAUCCACCUCGAUACCAACACCGUGGUCCAUGUGUGGAAGGACUCUUAUGAUUAUUCGAUCGUGUCGAAGGUAAUGAAAAGCGGACAUCCGGUGCUGUUUUCCAGUUGCUGGUACGUGAACUACAUCAAGUACGGAACGGACUGGCCGAACUUCUACAGGUGCGACCCGACCGCCGAGGUCGGCGAUAACCGUUUGUUUUUGGGUGGCGAGGCCUGCAUGUGGGGCGAGUUCGUGGACGAUACGAAUUUAUUGCCGCUCACGUGGCCCAGGACCAGCGCCGUGGCCGAAGUGCUCUGGUCACACACGCUCAACGAGACUGAAGCCAAGUACAGGAUCGAGGAACACGUUUGCAGGAUGAGGCGGAGAGGAAUACCAGCUCAACCAGCAAACGGACCUAGCUAUUGUCAUUACUAGAACCAUAAUAUAGUCUCGUAUAUUACUGUCGUAUCUUAUUGGAUAAAGACUAUAACAAUAUAUAGUAGAGAUGAAUAGGAAAUACCGUUAGAAAACAUGUAUUAGACAAAACAAUAAUAUAAUAUCACUAUUUUCAAA